AUGUUAAUUGAAUGUAGAUUUUGUUUAGAAGAAAUUGAAGUUGAAGAUCCAAUUUAUGAUAAAAAAGAAUUUAAUUUAAAUGAAAAUUCAAUAAAAUCAAAAGAUAUAGAAAUAGAAGAAUUAGAAUUUAAAGAGAAAUUAAAUCGAAAUAGUAAUGGCGGAUAUGUAGAAUUAACACCAAUUUCACAAUCAAAGAGACAACGUAAGAAUAUUGGUAAUAGAUUAGUUAGACCAUGUGAUUGUAAAGGUACUCAAAGACAUGUACAUGUUAAAUGUCUUUGUGAAUGGAUUGGUAAAUGCAAUAAAUGGUAUUGUUCAAUCUGUCAUAGAGUUUAUAAUUUAUCACCACAUCAUUUACAUUAUUGUGUAAUGAAAUUACAAAGAAAAGGAGUUUUAAAGAAUUUACCACCAAUCUAUUCAAAUACUGAAUUCUCUCGUUCAAGUUAUUUUGCAUUAUUAAUUUUUAUGGGUACACUAAGUAUGUUAAUGUUACCUUCAACUCUACCACAACAAAAUUCAAAAAUUUAUUAUGGUGUCGACACAAUUUUAAAUAACCAUAUAAAUAAUAAUAACAAUAAUAAUGGUGUUGGUAGUGGUAGUGGUGGUAGUGGAACAGGUGGUGCAACAGUAAAUUCAUUAUUAUUUAAUAAUUUUAAUGGUGGUAUAAUAUCAUUUUCAAAUGAGGUUAGUGGAGGUGGCAUGUUUAUGAAUUAUAAUCCACUAGUUGGUAUUAAUGGAGAUACAACCACUGCUGGUUAUAAUCCAGGAUUUCUAAAUUCGCCAUCAGUUUCUUAUUAUAGUUUUUAUCCAUCUUCUUCUUCACCAUCAAUUUAUAUAUCUUCAACGGGAGGUAGCUCUUCAGCAGCACAACUUAACUUUCAUCAACAUUAUAAUGUAAAUUCAAUUCAAAGUAAUAAUAAUAAAAAUAAAAAUAAUAAUAAAAAUGAUAAUAAUGAUAAUAACAAUAUUAAUAUCAAAAAUAAAGGAAAAGAUUUGAAUGAAAAAUUAUUUGAAAGUGAUUUUGAUCAAUAUUUUAAUAGUGAUUCAGCAUCAAUAUUUUCAUCAUGUAAAUUAAAAAAUCAAGAUGAAAAGUUUAGUUCUUUUGUUUGUCAUUCAUCACUUUAUAGUCCAAAUGUAUUAAAUUCAAAUAAUAAUCCAAAUAAUCAACAACAAGUUAAUUUUCAUUUUCCAACAAUAGUUCGUAGUAGUUCAACAAGUGGUGGUGGUAGUAGUAACAAUAAUGAUGAAAGUACAGAUAGUAUAACAAGUGAACAGUUAAAACAACAACACAAAGUUUUAUUAAAGAAUUAUAAUUUUAUUCAUAAUAUUGAAAAUUAUCAACCAACCACCCCAACAACAACUACUUCUACAAUUUUACAAAAUGGUGAAAAUCGUUGUAUUGAUGAGAACGAACAACUACAACAACAAGAAACUGAACAACAACAACAAUCAAAAAAAUAUAAAUCAACAUCAAAAUCACCAAUUUUAAAUAACUUAGGAUCAGAAUACCAUGAUGAUAUUCAUUUACAAAAUAUUUACAUUGCACAUCAAAAAUAUCAUCGUGUAACAAUUGCUGAUUCAUUUAAAAAUAUAUUCUGUACCUUGAUCCCAGUUAAAAGGUUCUGUUAUUAA